CCACCGCCGUGUCAUUCCAGAUGUGACUGACAAGUCGUUUUAUGUCGCCUGCAUUGAGUCCUGUGCUGUUCAUCUCGGAGAGACUGUGACACCAUGGCUUUGGUUAUGGAACCUAUAAGUAAAUGGACACCAAAGCAAGUGCUGGACUGGAUGAAAGGUCUGGAUGACUGUCUCCAGCAGUACGUGAAGAGUUUCGAGCGGGAGCAAAUGGGGGGAGAGCAGCUGCUGCACAUCACCCAUCAGGAACUGGAGGAGCUGGGCGUCACCAGGAUAGGACAUCAGGAGCUCAUCCUGGAAGCUGUCGACCUUCUCUGUGCCCUGAACUAUGGUCUAGAGACAGAGAACCUUCGGACUCUGUCCCACAAGCUGAAUGCUUCGGCGAAGAACCUACAGAACUUCAUCUUGGGCCGGCGGAGGGGCGGACACUACGAUGGACGAGCUUCCAGGAGGCUACCCAAUGAUUUCCUCACUUCCGUUGUGGAUCUGAUUGGUGCAGCUAAGAACCUGCUAGCCUGGCUUGACAGGUCUCCUAUGUUAUUUCAUAUACGUAUCCGGUACCCACUUAUUAAAAAUCACAUUUUGAAACUAUGUCUGCGCUCCUGGACCAUCAUUUUACAGGAUUGCACUGUGUAUGAGACAGAGAAUAAGAUUCUCCAUGUGUGUAAGACCUUAGCAGGGAUAUGCGACCACAUCAUCUCUCUGUCGUCAGACUCUCUGGUCUCUCAGUCUGCCCACCUGGAGGUGGUUCACCUUACCAGCAUCAUGCCCAGUGAAGGGCUGGGAAUGUAUAUCAAAUCAACAUAUGAUGGACUCCACGUUAUCACCGGAACCACAGAGAAUUCUCCAGCAGACCAGUGUAAGAAGAUCCAUGCAGGGGAUGAGGUGAUCCAAGUCAACCACCAGACAGUGGUGGGCUGGCAGCUGAAGAAUCUGGUCAACGCUCUGAGAGAGGACCCAUGCGGAGUCAUCCUCACGCUGAAGAAAAGGCCCCAGAACACCCUGAGCUCCACGCCGGCUCUGCUCAGAAACGUCCGCUGGAAACCACUGGGCCUGCAGCCGGUCCCCACCAGCCCCACCAACACCUCUCCUACACCCGUUGGAACUUUGGGAAUGUCCAAAAUGGACGCCCCCAGCAUGCAGGACGUCUAUAUCCUCUCUCCUGUCUCUGGACUCUACAGCACCAGGGAGGAGCUGGGUCUGAUGUCAUGUGACGACAUAAGCCGCUACAGCGUGGGCUCCCAGUCCGGCUCCAAAGGUUCAGAAGCAGUCAGCUACUACCUGGACCAGGACAGUGGUCAGUUCUUCUCCCUGCUAGAGGGAGACGGGCCCCCAGGGCCUGACUACGACAGGGGCCGCAAUACGGGGGUUCGCCGGCGGGACAAGACCCCCACCCAUGGUGACCUCAGGCCUGUUUCCAUGCCUCCCGAAUAUAACUGGAUGGCCGAGGCCAAGGAACCCAGCAUGGGCAAGAGAGGGAGCCGAGAUUCAGACAAUUCCCUGCUGCGUUACCUUAGCGACGACAAGAUCCUGGUAAUCGAGGAGGAGCCCGAGGGUCCGGGCAGAGAGAGCCGGCGGGAUUCAACCAGACGCUCUCGGCGCAAGAGCCGCAAUCCCAGCAGCCCCAGCUUUCCCAUCAGCCCCUCCAUGCUGUCCUCCACCCUGCGCCUAGACCAGCCACCUGAUGCUUUGCCUCGAGGUGCGGACACGCUGCGAGCAGACACAACAGACAGGUACUCCGGCUCAGGAAGCUCAGGAGCGGCCUCCAUGAGGAAGUCUUUCCAUUACACCUCUCUAAGAACGAAAACCAAAAAGCGAAGUAAAGGUUCCCUCACUAGCGCCAGUCGAAGGAGAAUUUCCUGUAAGGACCUGGGCCACGGUGACUGUGAGGGCUGGCUGUGGAAAAAGAAGGAUGCUAAAGGUUACUUCACCCAGAAAUGGAGGAAGUACUGGUUUAUCCUCAAAGAGUCCUGCCUCUACUGGUACACCAACCAAAAUGAUGAGAAAGCUGAGGGCUUCAUCAGCCUCCCAGAGUUCAGAAUAGACCGAGCCAUAGAGUGCAGACGGAAAUUUGCCUUCAAAGCCUGUCAUCCAAAAAUCAAGAGCUUCUUCUUCGCCACAGAUUGUCUUGAGGAAAUGAACAGGUGGAUGAACCGGCUGGGUCUCGCUGCUAUUGGCUACACACCAGAUGACAAGGUGCCACGCCCCGAUGAAGACUACUGGAGUGAGAGUGAUCAGGACGAGGUCGAUGGCUCAAUGACGCUCAAACAGGAGGGACCCUCAUCCCUCUGUGAUACUUAUCACCGCACACCAUCAGUAAAUUCCUCUAGCCCCUUCCCUGAGCCAAAGCACGGGCGACAUUUCUCCAGUGAGUCCACGCACUCCCACUCCUCGGCCGAGGACCAGCGUGGAGAUGGCAUGGGCAUGGGCACAGGCACAGGCAGCACCAGUACCCACUCGUCAGGCUGCCGUUCUACCCAUCGUGAACGGCGCUCCUGGCAGGACCUCAUUGAGACCCCUCUCACCAGCGCAGGGCUGCACUUCCUCCAAACGGCACCGGGGGAGAGUGACUAUGGAGGCCUAAUGGGGAGCAUGGUUGGAGAGAUGGGGCUGUACGGAGGGCUGGGCAGACAGGGCAUGUCCCCGGAGAGACGCAGGCAGGCCACACUUCCCGUACGGAGACACCACGCCGCAGAGAGAGACAGGGAGAGGGACGGGCCCUUCCCUCUGGAGCGAGGUCCACACUCACACAGCCACACACACCGACGCUCUCACAAGCAGCGCAGCCAGAGUCUGCCCAGGAACAGGGACCCGAUGCUAGGAAAGCUGUUACACACCUCAGCUCAUAUGGAGGAGAGGAGUGAGGACGAGGAGGCAGAGGGACAGGCUGCAGAUAUACUCCAGGGUGAGGAUGCUGUGAAUGUCACUCUUACUGGUCCUCUCCUGGAUGUCCCAGACCUGCGGGAGUUGAGAGUUGAGAGCAGAGAGAGGAGGGUGUCGGAGGGAAGGGAGCGGCGGGUUUCAGAAGGACGUGAGCCUGAGCCGUUGGACGGGCUAGAGCAGCUGUACCGGGCCCUGGAGCAAGCUAACGUGACGGCCCUAGGAGACCCAAGACCCUGCAGCAGACAGGAGCUUCGACGUUGUUUCACCCAGAGAGCCAGGGACCCUCUGCUCAACGACAGGCUGCACCGGGUCCGAGCCCUCCGCAGCACCUUGAAGGCCAAAGAGUCCGAGCUGGCAGUAAUCUGUGCCCUCCUGGAGGACCCUGGCCUGUGCUCCCAGACCUUCAGAGAGUGGAAGCAGUGGCACAGCGAGCUCUACUCAGACAUCUGCCAGCUCAGUCCCGGCACCAACGGCCAGGACGACCUCUCCCCGCUGGGCGCACCUCUCAUGACCCACACACACUCCUUCAUUGAGACACAUGUGUGAGAAAGAGAAGAGAAGCAAAGACUGAACUGAUAUAUAAACACUCAUUUACACACGCACACAUACACACACAGACACACACACAGUUUUACAUUAGCUGAAUCCUCUCUCCUGAUCACGACUCUGAGCACGCACUCACACAAACACGCCCACAAACACACACACACACACACACACACACAGGAACACACAUUGUAAGAUGUGUAAAUAUCAUAGAGGGAACAGUCUGAGACCUGCGUGUAUGAACUUUUGAUAAUCCUGAGGACCCCACAGGGUGCCUAUUGCAUGCCUGAACAGAAAGCAUUAAUCUUCCUUUGUCUAUGGAACUCAGCAUAAACUCCACACGCUUGUCGAGCAAAAUGGAAAAAAAGGAGACUUUUUAACACGUUUGUUCCUUUGUAUUCUCUUGGUUUUGCUAUUUUUUUCCUGUUGAUUUUAGGGGCAGGGGGAGCUAUGUAGCAGCAAUACAGAGGAGAAUCCUUUUCACCACAGCACUGUACUACUUUUGUACUGAUGAACUUUGCACCCAGAGCCACCAGUUCUCCCCCCUUUCUCUCUAUAUCUUUUUUUUUUCUCUCACUACAUAUCUUGUUGAUUUACAGGGACCUCACUUGUUAAUCCAGGCUGAUCUGACGGGACAGUGUGGGGAAUGUAAGGGCAGUGACUUUUAGUAAGACUGUGAAAGGUAGCCGUCAAUGCUGGUUUAUCUGUUUUAGAUGAAAACAAGAGUCACAAGCAUUGAAGGAACCAUUGUGCUGGCUAGAUGCACACUAUUUCAAACUGUGAACUGUUAAAAACACAAUGUUAUCUGCAGAAGGAGGCUCCUCUGAUAGAGUGCAAUUCUACAAUUCAGUUUGCAUUCUCUCUCUCCCUAGUCUUUCUUUCUUUUCCUCUCUAUCGCUCUCUUUCUCUCUCUC